AUGAAGAAAAAACAGUGUGAGGUGUGCAACAGAUCAGCCCAUGGCAAUCAUUUCGGAGUUAACUCUUGCCGAGCAUGUGCAGCAUUUUUCAGGAGGUCCGUCGUUCAAGGUCGAAAGUACCAGUGCAGGAAAGCGAAUGGUAACUGUCUAUUGACCGAUAAGGAGAAGCUCCUUUGCAGGUUCUGCCGCUACCAAAAAUGCAUAUCACUCGGAAUGACACCGGAAAGUGAGUAUUCCACUGCUUCAUUCAAUUUUGACCAUUUGAUAUCACAAUUGAUAGAGACGUUAUUCAAAACCUCAUGGGCUCUUUGGCAGAAGUUUGAACGGCUGCAAAUGACUGUGCAGAUCUUUGGAGAACGCGCCAUAAAAGAACGGGUAAUAACUCCUUGUUUCCUUUUAUUUUCAGCGAGUCGGCUAAUUCUUAUUACAAUAAUCGAGUUACAGUGUCUUUGUGUUUUACUGUGUUCUUCCGAAGAAGUCAUAGAACGUAUUUCUGACGAGCUACAUGAUCACUACACGAACGACUUGAAGAUGCCCAAUUAUGCUGCUAGAUUAACGAAAAUUAUGGAUAUCAUAUGCUCGGUAGAAGUAGGUUUCGCCACGCAGUUGAUUUUGUUGUUUAUAACAUUAGAGAUACCGUCGACUUCGAUAACAACUUGA